AUGACUGUAGCUCUGAGUGGCUCUAGUCGGAGGUUCUGUGUUGGGACAGUUAGUAAGAUUGCAUGCCCCAUACGUGGAAAAAGGUACAAUUCUUCUGCACAAUACGAAGACCCAGAGGAUGUCAAGAAAAGAGAAGACCUUUACAAACGUUUGACUGGUAAACCUCUAGAUGAUAUCGAAACCAAAAAGAUUUAUGAGACACCACUUGUAUCUACUGUUGCGUUCAGAAACCCGGAGGUGUUGAGCUCACCGUUUGUUUGCUUGGAUGAAAAUAUAGCUCUACGAAGCAUUUUCACCGAGCUGUUAAAUAAGACUGAACUGGAUAAGUAUGAUUAUUUCAUGAAAAUCAACACGGACACAAGCGCCACUCACCAAGACAGGCUAGAUGCGGUAAUCAACUGGAGGCAUAAAUUUAAAAAGAGCUUCAAGUCUAUUCCUGUUAACAUUAACGAAUCCAAUCUAAUACUUAAUUCGAACUUUAUUGAAUUCUUCGACAGAGUAACGGCAAAUAUGCAUGAUUUCGACAUUACACGGUCAGUGUCUCAAUUGCAGGAGGAAUUCUACAAGCUCUCCUAUACUGAUACCUUCAUAUUACACCUCAAAUACGUUCCAAAACUAAGCGAGGAUAAAAGAGGAGUUUUUAUAAACCAACUGGAUAAAUAUCUGCAAGAAAGUAUCCUGCAUUUCCAUGAUUCGUCGUUGGAGCAAAUAUGCCUAGAAUUGUUGAAACUAAAAGAGGUUCAACUUAUCACAAAUAUAAUAAAUUCUUAUGACACCACAACACAUUCACGUUUCUAUGAUAAUAUUUCUCCUCAUUUUUUGCAUCAAUAUCUUGAAGGUCUAAUUACCCAAAACGAUGUUCAAACUGCUAGUCAAGUACUGAAUUACUUAUCGGAUAACGAAUAUAUAAUACCUAGUGAUACUUUAACUCAAUAUUUCAAGUUGGUGCAUACUGUUGUGACCAAUGUUCAAGCACCUAAGAAUAAGAAGGAAAUGUUAUUCAAUCUUUUAACUAAAUCCACAAGCUGUAUGUUGCUCCAAGAUGGAAUGUUGAAUGAGGAGAUCGUAUUUUACAUUACUGAUUUUAUUCGUAUAAAUAUCCUCCACAUUUUUGUCAAGUACUUGCAGUUGAGUCCGAACUAUAAAGAGUUGAAUAGUAUUCCUGAUAUCAUAAUUCAAAGAAUCAGUUCCUCGUCCCCGUUCCAUAGAAAAUCGGAUCAAAAGAAGGCUAUAUUCACAACCAAUUUGCUUAAUAGCUUAAACUUUGAGAGUAAAGAGAUAUCAGACGCCUGUAAAAAAAACAUAAUAAGGAUAUAUGCAGAAGCACACUCCCCAUUGGCUGUGUUGAAUUGGUCAAAACAACUAGAGAUUCCACUUUCUACGGUAGAGAGAGACAGCUUUGUCAAAAUUCUCUCUGUUCCUAGUGGUUCUGACAAUGUGACGAGCAGCUUUGACAUUUCAGACAAGCUAUAG